AUGGAUCCCGAAAUCCCAAGUAUCCUCGAGCAAUAUCGAGGCCCGCGGACUGCCACACAGAGCAUUGUAGCCUUAAUCAUUCGGGACUUCAGUAUUAUAUUUGUACAGAGUUCCAGGCCGCAUGUUCCCCGCGAAUACGUGACACCAAUGGAGAAUCUCAUCGAAAAGCUCGAGAAGCUAAUCGAAAGAGCCUCGACUCCCGGCAAACUCGAAUACAAACUUCUCCCAAUACCUCAGUUCACGUGGGACGAAGAUGGCCGGAAGACAGACUACUUUUUCAUUGACGGCUCGAGUUUCCAUGAGAAAGAUGGCUAUGGAUGGCGGUUGCUCACAGAUCUCGGAGUUGACCAGACCUUGACACGAAUCGAAUCCGUGACAGUAUUUUCUCGACUUUUCGAGGCCUACUUACUUAUGGAGCGCAAGCGCAAGCGCAAGGACGACGCUGACGGGAAAUGA